UAAAAACGAAAAGAAGCAAAUCCUUAUCGACUGCCGUUUAUCUGUAUUUGCUUUUGCAUCCAAACCCACGCCCAAGAGAUCUGGCCGCACGGGAGGCCGCUCCCGUCACAUUCUGCCCUUCGUACCGUGUACCCACACACCGGGCGAUCCUCAACUCUUGGCACACGGCAUCUUCUCUCCCUUCAUCGACCAUCGUGAACCUCGAACCGCCCUGCCCAAGGACGCCGUACCUAUGUUAAUCCAUAAUCGGGGCCUGGAUGGAUUAUUGCCAGGAGCAGUAGCCGCCCAACCCGCGCACCUCCAGUCGCUGCUAUGUCUGUAAAUGAUAUCGAUACCGUCGUACUCCUCUUCCCGAACCAAGAAUGGAGUCAGCCCUCGUCCGCUGCAGACCUCGAAGAUGUCGUGGCACAAUUGCGGCCAAACAUUUCCUUCUCUCAACAUCUCGACCAAAGCUCCCUCCAAACCCUAUCGACCCAUAAUGCGGCUUCGGGCGGUUCCAUAAGUGGCUUUCUCUACGUCCCCGAUCUGAAACGCGACGACCCAUGCGUUAAUAUAUCAGAGCCGUACGUCCCACACAACGUUACCCGACAGGCAAACCUUCCUCCCACGGACUUUACAUUGGUAGCCAUCGCUCCCUGGAUCAAUGUCGAAUGCUCGCUGGCAUAUCUAGGUGCUGCACGUUCAGAUCCAGCACGGGCUUUCCUGUUCUACCUUGUCGGCAACGGAGCAUCUACUGGAAGUGCUCAACCCCCUCCUAUCAGCUCGCCAGUAUGGUCACUGGAUGAUGGCGGCGCGUGGAAGAGAAAGAAUCCUUUUCCGGUCUACGCUAUUCCCUCAGACGUUGGGGAUCAGCUGAUGCAAGAAUUGAGCCUUUACUCUGGCAAUUUGACGGAUGUUCCUUAUGGGCAUGUCAUUUCAGAAUUACCUAGUAUCGAUCCGAGAGAUUAUGUCCGGAUGUACACAAGACUGAGUGUCAAAACUGGCCCGUCUCUACCCGGCAUAUGGGUGUUUCUGUUGAUUAUUGUCGGAAUCAUUGUGGUCAUGCUAGCAAUUACAUCUGUUACGAUGCAUCUAAUCCAACGAUCGCGCCGAAAUGCUUUACGUCGACGAGUCAUCAGCGGAGAAGUCAAUCUGGAGGCGCUAGGUAUCAAGCGUCUCACAGUCCCUCAGGACAUCAUCAACAAAUUCCCCCUGUUCACAUACAAUUGCGAAGAUGAAAAAUUGCCCGCGCCUUCCUCGGGUUCUAAAAAGGAUAACCACACUGUUGAAAUUGAGCAGGACGACUCGAGUGAAGGGUCCUCCAGUGCUAAGGAGAUCUUAGAACACCAAAACCUACCUCAAACACACGAACUAAGCUCAUCAGUCAUCGAAGACACCACUUCAAAUGAUUCCUUCCUCGUUCACAAAUUCCUACCUUACUCUCAGCCAACUUGCCCUAUCUGCCUGGACGAUUUCGAGUCAGGUAUCACACCAAUUCGAGAGCUUCCUUGUGGUCAUAUUUUUCACCCUGAAUGUAUUGACGCCUUCCUAUAUAACAACAGCUCAUUGUGUCCUAUGUGCAAAACGAGUGUUCUACCAAAAGGCAGUUGUCCAACGAAGAUCACCAAUUCCAUGGUCCGCCGAGAACGAAACCUUCGAAGGCUGCGCUCGAGAGUGACGGUCAGUGAAGAGGGUCACGUAGCGAACCCCAGAGGCCGGAUCCGGAAUUUUGGGUCUGACAUCAGGAGGAUGAUCUUUCACCCUUCUACAGCUGGGGAAAUUCAGCCGUCGCCUCCUAUGCCACUGCAACCUCGACGGGCACUUAUGACGAGCGCUAUAGGCGCUCGUCUGCCCCCGAGUCAAGACCGGCUCGGCCGACAGCAGAUCGCUCGUCAACGGAUUCGAGAGCUCGCUGGACAGUCGUUCGUAGAGGAUUCAGAUGUGUCUGAUGAACGCCGACAAUCAAAAUGGCGGAACGCAUUGAGAACACUAUUUCCAGGUUUUACAUAAGUUCUGUACGAGAUGAAGAACGUUUGGGUUAGCAUAUCAGCGUUGCAUAGCUGGGGUUUCGUAUUUGGCGUCUUACCCCGAAUAAUGAGAAAUGUUGGGAGUCAUAUAUUGGAGGAAGUUUCCAAGGUAUAUAUAAUGGUGUACGGUGCAUAGCUGGAUGGAACGGGACAGGACGGGAUGGGAAUGGGAUGGGAAGGCAGGAGAGCACGUUAUAUACCCAAGGGAUUUGUUUCUGUCUACAAUGCUGGGAUCUAG